AUGAAAACCCACGGCACUAGCACCAGCACCUGCAGACGAAUAAGCAUCCCUCCAACAACCCAUUUCGUUCUCCAAGCCAUCUGGAAGGCCAAACAAGGCUCUCCCUCUCACGCUGCUGCUGCUGCUGCCCCUCCACUGCCCUGCUCACGCCGGCCUUCUGCUUCUGCCCCGCACUCUGACCGUGGUGGCUUUUGGCCUCAAUCCACCACCACGUCGUCCCUCACUAGAAGAAGGGCCAGUGGAAGUGGUCCGCACAAAUCUUCGUCCCCUCCACCACCUCCACCUUCAUCGAACUCUCUCCCAGCAAAACACCCCACGAGGAUCAUUGACGAGCCCGUCUUCUAUCCAACUCACAAAGUGUCGUCCCAGAAUAGGAUCUCGCGAUUGCAUCUGGUCUCGUUUGCCUUUCUCGCAAUCGUCAUAAUUUUCCAAUUCAUCCUGGCAACAAACGAUUCACCGAAAUCCACCACGUCUCCGCAUAACUCCUACUCCAGACCCUAUUCCCCCUCUGCCGAUUCAUUCGAAGCCCCUACCUGUGCCAAUCCUCGACCGUUCUACACCGAAGCACCAACCUCGAGACCACGCAAAAUGGCGCUUUCUGCAGAGGCUGAGCGGAUUGCUGCUGAGUUCGAGUUCAACGACUCAAAUGUCAAUCGGGCUGUGCUUGAGUUUGUCGCCGAGAUGAAUGAGGGGUUGGAAAAGAAUGCGACAUACAUGAGCCAGAUUCCCACAUACGUGACAGGCGUACCGAAUGGAACAGAAAAGGGUCUAUACUUGGCUGUUGAUCUUGGUGGAACCAAUUUUCGAGUCUGCUCAAUCAAUCUCCACGGAGACACCACAUUCAGCAUUACACAGAGUAAGGUCGCUAUUCCACGAGAGCUUAUGGUUGCAAAUACAGCCCAGGAGCUAUUCUCAUUUCUGGCCAAGCAAAUCGAGCUGUUCCUCAAAGAGCACCACAACGACCACUUCGAAGCAAGCAUCAAACGCCGUCAGACAAUCAGUUCUCCAGAGGGUUACAGGGACGAAAACUUUUUCCGAUUGGGCUUCACGUUUAGUUUCCCAGUACACCAAGUUGGAAUCAACAAGGGUAAUUUGAUUCGAUGGACAAAAGGGUUUGGAAUCGCAGAUGCAGUCGGUCAAGACGUGUGCGGUAUGCUGCAGAAAGAAAUUGACAAUUUGAAAUUACCAGUCAAGGUAGCUGCUCUAGUCAACGACACUGUGGGAACACUUAUGGCGAGAUCAUACACAUCGCCAGGAAAGACAAGUACCCUUCUUGGGGCUAUCUUCGGAACUGGAACCAAUGGAGCAUAUGUCGAGAAACUGUCCAAGAUCACUAAGGACAUGGAGGGCGAGUUUGAUUCUUCUACGGGGCUGAUGGUUGUCAACACCGAGUGGGGUUCCUUUGAUAACGGACUGAAAGUUUUGCCAAACACGAAGUAUGACGAGAUUUUGGACAAGGACAGUAUCAAUCCCGGCAUACAGAUGUUCGAGAAGCGAGUUUCUGGCAUGUUCCUGGGCGAAAUCCUCCGAACUGUUUUGGUUGAGAUGUUGAAGAAUUCUUCCAUCUCACUUUUCCGAGACGACACAUCUGCAAACAACGAUUAUCAUUCUACCACCGAGAUCAAGCGGGAUGCGGCGAUUUACAAGCAGUGGGGCGUCGAUAGUAGCAUUCUUUCCGUCGCAGAAGCGGAUAACUCCUCAGGUCUAAAGACACUACGCCAAUUCAUUGAGAAAGAUCUUGGCGUUUUGGCCGCGAGUCUCGAGGACGCACAAGCUGUCAAGACAAUCGCACAUGCCAUUGCAGUACGUGCUGCCCGUCUGGCAGGUGUCGCGCUUGCAGGCGUCGUUCUUCAGACCGGAAGACUUGACAAACCGGGAAGUGAACCUGGACCAAAAUCAGCUGCUGCGAUCGCUCAAGACGUCAAGUCAGGAAAGUUGGCCGAGGCUGCAAGUGCGACAGCGAACAAGCUUGCAGAUACGGCAGGUCUGGCUGUCAACGAAGACGAGAUUGUCGAUAUCGGUGUUGACGGCAGCUUGGUAGAAUUCUAUCCCGGUUUCGAGGAUUACAUGCGAGAAGCUAUCAGGGCUACAGAGGGUAUCGGAGCUACGGGUGAACGAAAAAUCCGAAUUGGUAUUGCUAAAGAUGGAUCCGGUGUUGGUGCUGCAUUGAUUGCGCUUGUUGCCGCGCAGAUGGAGAAAUCAGCGUCUAGUACAAAGUAG